GUGGUCCCACAUCCGGUUGUUAGCAUGUGGAUGACCCUGGAAGUUAUAGCUCAUUUCACAAGCGUCAAGUGCUUGUGUCAUUUUUGCUUGACUGUUCACUUCUAGAGACGGCCUGUUAACGACCAUGGCUUCGCCUCUUCGUCUAUUUGCGGACGUCUUGACGCUGCCGAUACUUGUGUUAGCAUUCGCUUGUUAGCAGUUUUCCACGGUGGUCCACUUUUUCUAAUUUAAAGGUCGGCGCGCAAUUAAAAGGAGAUGUACCUGGUAGGGCUGACAGGUGGUAUCGCCUCAGGGAAAAGCACAGUGUCGUCGAUGCUGCGGGAUCUCGGGUGUCCUAUCAUUGAUGCCGAUGUCGUGGCCAGGAAAGUUGUGGAGCCGCACACGGCCGCCCACUCGCGCAUCGUCUUCCACUUUGGACCUGAGGUCUUGCUGGAGAGCGGCGAGAUCGACCGGCAGAAGCUCGGCCGGCUCAUCUUUGCCGACGAGGGGAAGAGGAAGCUGCUCAACUCCAUCACUCACCCGGAGAUUCAUAAAGAGAUGCUCAAGCAGAUUGUGUUUUACUUCCUCAGAGGUUACCGCUACGUCGUGCUGGAUGUGCCGCUUCUCUUCGAAACCAGAAGGCUCACUCAGUUUCUCAACCACACUGUUGUAGUUUACUGUGACCCUGCCACUCAGCUGGCGCGCCUGAUGCAGAGGGACGGCCUCACCCAGGAGGAGGCCGAUCAGCGCCUGGCCGCCCAGAUGCCGCUGAACGAGAAGCGCGGCCUGGCCAGCCACGUCAUUGAGAACUCGGGCACGCGAGAGGACACCCAGCGCCAGGUCCUGCGGCUCCACACCAAGCUGGAGGACUCCAUGGACUUCCUUUUGGUCAGGGUGCUGGCUGUUGCCGCCACUGCCGGUCUGGGCGGGAUCCUGCUGUACGCCGCCAAGCUGCUUAUAUCCUAGCAGAGUUCUGAGGACAAGAAUGUGAGGUGAACACCAGCCGGGCAGGUUAGUUCCACAACAGCCUGGUGUCAUGCUGGUAACAAUGGAGCCAUGCUUUCAGAAGGAUUUAGUAGGAUUUCUUGCAAAAAUGCACUUUAAAUAGUUGUUCAGUGACAUUUUUGUGCUCUUAUAAAUUAGUGUUAGGUAAGUUUAUGUUUCUGUCCAAUGAAAACCAUACAUUUACACAUACAAAAAUGUGGAAACACCAUCUUGUGUUCAAAAUAAUCCAAAUUGUUUGGAAUGGUUUUGUAGCAAUAGAAAUAAUCUGUUGUAAUCAUCACUUUAACCUCAACUGUUAUUUAAAACAGUACAGUUGUGAACUAUUUAAACAUUUUCAUUGGUUAUAUAAGCGUAAAAAUAGGCUUAAAGUCUCGCACAAUUGAAUUUGAACAAAAGUUUGUGCAACUUUAGAGGUAUUUCGUAGGUGUCAUCUGACUUAAAGGGGUCAUAUUAUGAUUUUUUUCUACAUUUAGAACAAUUCCUUGUGGUCUACAUAACAUGUAUUGGUAGUUAUUUGGUCAAAAUGUUGCAUAGAUUAUGUUUUCCAGACGGUUUUCAAGCUGCUUUCUGACCGUUUCGUCAGGCUGCUCCGUUUUGUGGUUGGUCUUUUUUUACGUGCCUCCACUUUGACAGCGUCAUCUCCCCGUCACCUAUGUUGUAGUUUUUUUAGUCUGCUUCGAAACAAGAGAAUAGAGAAAGAAGGAACUUAUUGACUACAGCGUCGGACUACUAUGACGGACUCGUGCAAAGCUCUUCGGGUAAGCCUUUACCAUAAUGGACAUCACAAAAGGGAAAAACAUCACAAAUUGGGCAAACAGCUCGUUUGGAAAAGUAUAAAGGAAGGCAAGUUUUAUGAAUGUCUCUACAAUUCUUCCAUGGUUUGAGUUCAAGUUUUUGGGACUUAUGCAGGACCCAAAUACAUAAAAACAUGUAGCAAUAGGUAAAAAAAGUUGGUUUUGCAUAAUAGGUCCCCUUUAAGAUGUAAAUAGCACAAUAUUGCCUGAAAAACUGCGCAAUGAAAGUAGCACGUCUGCCAUGUUUGCAGAGGUCGUCGCUCAUGUAAACACAACUUUUUAUUUUUUGUAAGAUGUCCUACUAAUUCUCCUGAGAACACCUUGGGAGCGCAUUAUUAGCACAACUUGCACUGACAGAUUUUAAAAGGUGUCCAUACGCAAUUUUCAUGGGUUUUUCUCACAUGAACGAUGGAUAAUGAUAGCGUGAUGGUAACAAAUAGGCUUAAUAUAUACUUUACCACCAUCCUUUAAAGAAGUUUUAUAGCCACCCCUUUUGUAGCAGAGUUGCUUGAUCUAACCUCCCCUCACAGAAGAAUGUAUGUUUAUUAAUAACUUUAUCGUGACAUGAAGAUUAUUAUGAGAAAGAAUGUAUUGACAAUCCAGUUUUAACUGCAAAGUGAGUGAAUUUAUUGUGUUUUCUUACACUCUAAAAGCUUUCUGUACAUAUACUGAUUCUUCUUUGUCUCUCUUGUGUCAACACUCUUUGUAAAGACUGCAACGCCUCACAUAAACGAUCAAACUAAUGUUUGAAACAAACACAAGCUGUCACGUCUUCAUCUUUACAGUACAUUGGCAAUGCUACAUACUGUACAUAUGGUGGUAAAAACUACAGAAGACUCUUAAUUCAAGUAAAUAGUUGAAAAAAAAUGCAACCCAAUCGGUCGAUAUUUAUCAUAAAGGGUUAUAUGUACAGAAACUUUUUCAAUGGGGUUUUAAAUGUGGUAUUUAAAUUGGUGCCAAAUUCAAAUCCGAAUGAAAUUUAGCUGGAUAAGAAUGUUUUUACAUUUAAUUUUUUGACUUUGCUUACAUAUUCAGCUCAGAUCAGACCAAAACGUAUCGGGAAGAACAGAGUUUUAUGCUGACGAUUCCAAGACAGAUAAUCCAUGAGUGAGAUUGACCGUUACUAAUCACAUGUAUUAACUGUCAUUUUUAAAAUGUAUUUUAGUGCAAUUGACAAAAGACAUCAAAACAUAGCAUUCAGAGGCGUCCAAAACUGAGUGCAAGCUCACGCAAUGCAUGAACCCUAAGAUUUGAUGCUUUGGCAUUGUUUAACAAAAAUAUUCAACAUUGUAACAAUAUAUAUACCGUAAAUCAGAAAAGAGGAAAGUCAUUAACAAAACUGAUUUUGUGAAAACAAAAAAAUAUAUCAUAACACAGUCAAACAUUUCACAGAGUCAUGCACAGCCAGUUAUCUGGAAAUCAAUGUCAAUAAAACAAAAUAAAUAUGGUUCAACCCCCCCUCACCUCAGAACCCCAUCAUCAUAAACACACAAACAGUUAAAACAGUUGACACUUUUAAAUACCUGGGCGUAACCUUGGACAAUAAACUCACCUUUGAUCAGCACACCACGGACAUUCAAAAAAAAAGUCAACAAAGACUGUCAGCCAUCCGAAAACUUAAAGGACUAUACGUUGCACCUCAUCUCCUGAUAUUACUUUACCAAAGCAUUGUUCAACCCAUCCUUCUGUACUGUUCCACAUGUUUUUCCACCAUGCUUUCUGUAACCAACCGGACCAAACUCACACGCAUUACAAACAUAGCAGCUAAAAUCAUCGGCCUACCCACACCCAACAUUUCAGACUUAAACCACAGGUCCAUCACCCGACUGGCAAAAACAAUAGUCCAGGAUAUCACUCACCCACUACACCAAUACAUCAUCCCACUACCAUCAGGGCGCAGGUACAGAACUAUCAAAUUCCGGAGGGCCCGCCUCAGGAAAAGCCUUAUCCCUGCAGCUAUAGCCGCCCUUAACAGCAGGCCCGGCCGACCUGUCUGACAAGCCUGUAAAUGUGUGUUGGUUAUGUAUGAUGUCUUUUUGUUAUUUUUUUUGUGAUGUGUAAUGUCUAUUGUUUAAAUGUACGGCAGUGACAAUGAAUUUCCCC